AUGGUAGUGAACGAGCUCGUAUCAGAUAAGAAACUCGGCGCGGUCCUCCAGACCUCAGGCUACGCCCAAGACCAAGCCGCCAAGCUCCUCCACCUCCUCACCGAAAUCACCCGCGCGGCGGCCGAAGAGUCAGGCUCAGCUUCUUCACCAGAUCUCCAAGCCGCCCUGUCAAAAGAACAAAAACUCCUCCUCACAAACAUCUCGCACCUCCGCGGCCUGCACCGCUCCGCCAACUUCAACGCAAGGGACACAAAAGCCCAGACCGCCGAGGCGCGCCAUGAGGUCGACCGCCUGCACCUCCAGCUGCAGAACCUGUACUACGAGCAGCGCCAUCUCGAGGGCGAGAUUGAGGCCUGCGAAUCUUAUGACCAUACCUACCAGAAGCUACCUCUCAUCCCCGUCGAAGAAUUCCUCGCCGAGCAACCAGAACACACCGAAGCCGACGAGGACGCCAUGAUGAUUGCGCGCAUCGGCCACGAGCGCGCGGGACGAGAAGCCCUCGAGCAGCAGAGGCUCGAGUUAGUGGGAAGGAAGCAGAAGCUCAUUGCCGAGAACAAGAAGCGCAAGGACGACCUGGCCAACUUGGACAAAGACUUGGAGAAGUUUAUCGACGUGAGUUCUAAGAACGCGUUUUUUUCUAUUUUGCGCAAAACUUGUCCUGCGCAUCAACUUCUAACAUCCACCGGUGUAGGCUGCGAAACCCAUCCAGGAGCUAUUCGAAAAGGUUGUAUGAAAGCGGCAAAUAGAACAUACUGCCCCGUUUGA